CUUACUUUGAAAGCCUGUCGGUAUUCCCUCACUUACACACAUCUCUUUUCGUAAGCAGCUUUCCAUCCUAACCCGAGAGUGAUACGAAAGCAAAGGUUUACUCCAUCUCUUGCGACCAUGAGCGAGGUGCCGACAUCGUCCAGAAAACGGAAACGCCGCACCAAGAAAAGCGACCGAAAACAUGAAAGCAAUGGUAUGCUCGUAGUUGACCUGGUGGAUCCUCAGAAAGAUGGAAAGACGACUACGGUCGAAUUGUACCGUACUCCAACCACAGAAAAGCUUCUCAAAAUUGGAAUAUUCACACCUAAAUGGACUCCUGACAACCAUCUGACGCUUCCUAUGUCACCGAUCGCUUUCCCGGGGGUCAUGAGCUGUCUCAAAUACGGUAAACUGCCGAAUCGGCUCUACGAAGUGGAUGAUCCAGCUGAGUUUGAUGAGAGCGAUCCGGAUGCUGAAUUCAAGUCCAAUCUAGAGAGACUGUUCGUUGAUUCCGUGCUUGUAACGAUCUACAAAUUUGGAUAUGCGUUUAAGGAUACAACACUCAUGCGAAUUGUUGUAGAUUGCUUCCUUCAACGAUCCGAGCACGGGCUUGGUCCUCUCUCUCAUUCUGUUUUGGAACUGCGUGGCAAAGGGUUAUACAGGGGUGGUCCCCUACCAAAGCUUAUGCUUCCUAUGAUGAUUUUCGCCGGGCAUAAGCUAGAAUUCAAAAACUGGAAACAGUUCUCACCCAGCUUCAGCUACCUUGCGCACGUCAUGGAGAGGCUCAAAGACGAGGGCGUAUCUGCCUACACUGUGCCGCAGGAUACAGUGGCAUUACGAAACUCGAUCCUGGAUGGUUGGUUUUCCUGGGACGAUCAAAAGGCUGAUUGUCUAGCUGCUUGUAUGCUCGUCUACAGCAACCGCUUCCACUAUGCGGAUAGCUUGGAUUUUCCGCAAUUCAGCGGAAUUGAAGAUUACCACUGGAUUUUCGAUGAUUUCGAAAUUGAUACCGCACCUAUCUAUGAUACGGACUCGGAGGAAGAACUCGGUAACAAUAGAGCAUCCGAAGGAAGGCCGAACAAGGACACAUCAUCUGAUAGCAUGGAGAUUGAUGGCAUUCUUGGAAGCGAUGAGGCUGCAAAUGAAAGCAAAGACGUAAACCAGGCAAGUCAUUGGAGAGGUGCAAAGGAUAUGAGGCAAGUGCUGGAGCUGAGGUUUAAAGAUGCCGCAGAGCGAAGUAGCGGCGGGAAAAAGAUCAGCCAAGAGACGCUAGAAGCACUUCCACCUCAGGACGAGCAUUAGAGUUGCGGCCUAAGGCAACUUGAGCUGGUGUACUAGCCAAGAAGAGUCACCCCUAUGUCUCUUUCCAGAUCAUCGUGUACCUGCAACGAGAUAAAUGUAUUUAGAGAAGUGGUGCCGUAUAGGCCUGUGAAUUACGGAGAUGCCGGACGCAGAAAAUGAAGAGUAGGAGCCCCGUCUAGAUGGAUGUCUCAUAGGAAUAAGAACCGAGUUGAAACUAGUAUAAUUGUCAGUGUAUGUGCU